GAAUCUCCCUGUAAUCUUCGAGGGGUUCCAGCACUCGGCUAGGUGAACUUGGGAUUCUGCGAGUUUAAAGUUUAUUCAGUUUAUUCAGAACGAAAUCGAAUUGUUUUGGACCGUAUUUUGCUCGAUUCGAAAACUCUUUUAUUUUGAAUCACAUUUGUUUGAGCACAAGUUCAAAAGGCAUCAAACGCGGCGCGUCUAAACAAACAACCCGUAAAAUAAUUCGACUGAAGGAUUAAUGUGAGAACGAUUUGUCCGAGUUUUUUGCAGCUAUUGCUGUUCAAUUGAGUGAACUUUCGGUUCGAUUGAGCGCAAUUGAUUAACAGAUUAAUAAGCCAGCGAGAGCGCAAGAUGCUCCCCAUUAUAAUUAUUAUACCGAUGUAGAUAGAUGUACAUACAUAUCAAUUCUAGAAAGCACACCGAACCGGGCAUCUCAACAUAAACGGAAUUUUUAUUAUCAAUCGGAAACUUAAAUGCGUUAAUGCCGCGCGGGAAUAUUUGGUUCAAGGUCAUUGCCAGCUUUCGCACCUAGAAAAAAAGGGGCCAACAAACAAACAAACAUAACAAUAAAAGAAGUUAUCCUUAAGGCAAAGCCUUGAUGCAGUUGCAUUCAGAUACAAUUCAUUAGCCUGUCCCAAAAAAUGGCAAAAGUAGCUGAGGAGAAUGAUCAUCGUGAUCUAAGUAAUUGGUCGAGCGUGAACGACACCAAUGGCACCAUUCACCUGACCAAGGAUAUGGUCUUCAAUGAUGGCCACCGAUUGUCCAUCACAGUGUACAGCAUACUGUUUGUGAUCUCAACAAUUGGCAACAGCACCGUGCUGUAUCUGCUGACCAAGCGGCGACUGCGCGGUCCCUUGCGUAUUGAUAUCAUGCUAAUGCAUCUGGCCAUCGCCGAUCUAAUGGUGACGCUGCUCCUGAUGCCAAUGGAGAUCGUGUGGGCCUGGACGGUGCAGUGGCUAUCCACGGACCUGAUGUGCCGCCUGAUGAGCUUCUUCCGCGUCUUCGGCCUGUACCUGUCCAGCUACGUGAUGGUCUGCAUAUCGCUCGACAGAUACUUUGCCAUACUGAAGCCGCUCAAGCGGUCCUACAACCGUGGACGCAUCAUGUUGGCCUGCGCCUGGCUGGGAUCUGUCGUCUGCAGCAUUCCACAGGCUUUUCUCUUCCACCUGGAGGAGCAUCCCGCCGUCACCGGCUACUUUCAGUGCGUCAUCUUCAACUCGUUCAGGAGCGACUUUGAUGAGAAGCUGUAUCAGGCGGCCUCCAUGUGCAGCAUGUACGCCUUUCCGCUGAUCAUGUUCAUCUACUGCUACGGAGCCAUCUACCUGGAGAUCUACCGGAAGAGCCAGCGCGUCCUCAAGGACGUGAUUGCCGAGCGUUUCCGACGCUCCAACGACGACGUGCUCAGCCGGGCUAAGAAGCGUACGCUCAAGAUGACCAUCACGAUUGUGAUUGUGUUCAUCAUCUGCUGGACUCCGUACUACACCAUAUCCAUGUGGUACUGGCUGGACAAGCACUCCGCAGACAAGAUCAAUCCCCUGGUGCGCAAGGCGCUGUUCAUCUUCGCGUCGACCAACUCCUGUAUGAAUCCUUUGGUCUACGGACUCUACAACAUUCGCGGGCGAGUGAACAACAAUAAUCCGUCGGUGAACAACAGGCACACCUCGCUGUCCAAUCGCCUGGACUCCUCCAAUCAGCUGAUGCAAAAGCAGUUGACCAACAACUCGCUGCUCAAUGGAAGAGGCCAGGUGAUGGCAGCCGCGGUCUCGGCCACCACAAAGUUGGCCAAUGUGGUCGGCCUCAAAGGCACUGCCAAUGGCAAUGGCUCAGCUGCAGUCGCGGUAACAGUUCCACCAACUCCUCCGCUGACAGUAUCCAUCGCUCCGCUGGCCACCGACGACGAGGCCAACGAUGAUUCCUGCCUCAGUGCGGUCACCAUCAGGUCCCAGGAUCAAUCCCCGAUCCGCCAGAAGUAAUUUCGAUGUGACGACUCCAUCGAACUGACCAGUGUGGUCAAGUAGACAACAUAUGGAGCUAAUGGAGCUCCGAGAGCAACUGGAUCAAUUAAGCGAUCUGCUACUGUUCAACUGGAGGAGUCGGCUUGGAACAAAGGGCAUUUAAUUUGCUAGCCAGCUUAGUUCGGAAUUUUCGUCAUAAAUUCUUUUCGCAUUUGCAUUUAGCUAGGGACAAAUUAAAUCGUUUUCAAGUCCACGAACGCCAAAGCAGCCAAGAUACAAAUUUUGAUUUUAAACAAGCUUUGUAUUGAACCAUCAAAAUGCUUGGUAAGCAAAGCUAUCGCCUAGGAAAUACGAUUAAGAUGUAAUGCCGCUUACUGUUAGAUAUACUAUAGUUAGUCGGAUUAUUGCUUAAUUUAAAAUAAUUUAUUCAUAACAAAUAAUUAUAAACGAAAUCGAAUAAAUGGAUCUUGAAAAAAGUUAGAAAA